GUAAAUAUAUAUAUUUUUUUGCCAACAAAAAAAAAGUUACGGACAAAACAGCGACUUUCCAAAACAAUGACUUGAUUAUCUGCUAUACAAGCGGAAACAAGAUGCAAAGUCAACUGCAAGUGAAGCAACAUAACCAGCAACACUUUUUCAAAACCUCAAGUACAACACCAACUACGACCUUUUUGAAUUUUAAUGCAAACAGAGCAGCUCAAAGCCCGCAACAUUUCAACUCUCGAUCAAAUCAACAACAACAGCAGCAAGGAAAUAGUAUUUUCCGGCAGGCAACUCCGAUCAGACAAAGAGAAAGAGAAAUAGAGAAAGAGAAACAGCAAGCACCGGAACGACUACAGUCUCUUCAUUCAAAACUCCACGAAGAAGCAGAAAAGAUUCGCAAAUGGAAAACGUCGACAGAGCUUGAAAUUAAAGAAAAGGAGAAACACCUUCAAGAUGCUGCGGUGAAAAUUGAAGCACAGAAAAAGUCCAUUCUUGAUUUGCAGUUGCAGAAUGAAAAUCUUAGCGCCAAACUCCAAACUGAACUUGCUCAACGUGAAGAAGUUGAACACAAAAUUGUGGCAACUCGAGAUAUGUGUAAUGCACUAAAAGACCAUGUUGCUAGUGUGGAAGCCAAUGUUUUAAGAGGGGAGGAAGACCGUGAUGAGUUACGAUUUGUAGAGAAGCAGAGAAUUGAGCAAUAUCAGGAAAUGGUUGUGAAAUUUCAAGAACUGCAAAUUGAACAUACCAAAAAAUAUGAAGACAUGAAGCUGCGAUAUAACGCAGAAAAGACAGUGCAUGGAGAGAAAAUGUGCAACUUUGAACAGAAACUAGUUAAUGCAGACGAAAAGAUAAGAGUUCUAACGAGGGAAAACGAAGAUAUCAACGAGAAAAUAACUGCACUGAAAAUAGAUUUAACCAAAAAGGAGAGUGAGAUAGCUGAGAUGGCACACGAUAAAGAAAUCCUGGUGGAUCGACUUCAGAAGUUGGAGAGUAGCUGUACGUCUUUGCAAGUAUCUUUGGAGAACACGGAAGAGAUGCUGAAGCGUGGCAAGACUGCAAAAGAAGGGGUUGACAAAGAGCUUGAACAUUACAAAGGACAAGCCGCAGAGCUCGAGAACUUAUCCCUGACGCAACAAAAGGCACUGGCAGAGAUGGAAGAGAUGUACAAUACAAACACUGCAGAGCUGGAACAACGAAUACAAGCCCUAGAGAAGGAAGCAGCAGAAACGGAGCAAAAAUUGAAUGAGUUAAUGGAAAAAUAUGAUUUCACGCUUGGUGACAAGAACAAGCUACAAGAAGAUUUUGAGUCUAUGAAAAAGAAUAAAGAAGAGGUGGAAGCAGCUCUACAACAAGCUCUCAAAGACUUGGGGCUUUUCAAGGACGAACUGAAGACAACAUGCGAAGAACUGACAUCUGCGAAAGCUGACAGUAAGGCAAAGCAGCAUAAGAUACAUGAAAUGGAGAAGAAGCGAGAUGAGCUGCAGGUGUUAGUUCAAUGCCUGACAGACAAGUUGGAAAAAACGAGAGACGAGCUGGCCACUCUUAAAGAAAAAGAGCAGCAAACCACCUCAAGCUGUAAAGAGAAAGAGAAGAAAAUAAACCAUCUAGUGAAUAAACUUGCUGAUGUCACAGAGCGCGAUGAAAAACUCUCUAAGAAUCUAGAGGAAUUGAAAGCACAAUUGAAACACGAAAGAGAUGCAGCUCAAGACCUGAGAAGCACGCUAGACAUAUCCAGGCGUUCGGAAGAGGAGAAUCGUGACAAAAUAGAUGAACUUGAGACGAAAUCUGACGAACUUGCUUCAUUGCUAAAGGACGCCGAAGAGCAGAGGCAACACCAGCAAGGUGAAUUAGAAGCUUUAAAGAAAGAGCACAAGGAACUGAAAGAGAAAAGCGAGGAUUUAGAGAAGAAUCUGGAGGAGCAGAGUAACAUGGCAGCGUCGUCAAUCGAGCAAGGAGAGACCAGCCUAAAAAGCUUGAAGAAAGAACUAGAUCAGAAAACAAAGCAAGCGACAUCCUUAGAUAGCAAGAAUAAGGGCUUACAGACCCAGCUGACCGCCAAGACAAAGCAAGUCAAGGAUCUCCAACAUGAGAACAAGUCUUUGAAAGGAAAAGUUAAUGCGCAGGAAAAACAGCUCAGCAAGAAAGAGACUGAGCUGGAAACUAUGCAAAAUACGUUAAAGGAAAAAGACCAAACAAUGGAGGAUUUGUCUGAAAGGCUAGACAAAAUGGAGUACGAUCUCGAAGGCAAAGAGGCGGAAGCAACCAAGUUAAAGGAAGAGUUAGAAAAGUUGAGACAAGAAACAAAACGUGCUGUAGAAGACAAGGACGAAGCGCAGAAGACUUUUGAGCACCAGAUGGCAGAACUGUGUGACACUUUGCAGAAAUAUAAGGUGGAGAAUGAAAAGAUAGUGGCUCAAAAAGACCGAACCCUAGAAACAAUGCGUCAGAAACUGACUGAGGAAUCACACCACCAAGAAGAAGCAAAGAUGAAAGAAAUGAAGGAAACCAUUGUGGCACUGCAGAAAGAGCUAGACGCUGCCACUGAAAAACAGAGGCAAACCUCUAAUGAUUUGGAAAUCAAAGCAAAGACUAUUUUGGAUUUGGAAAAACAACUCAAAGGAAAGAAAGCUGAAUUAGUACGUGAUGUCGAGGAAAGUGAAAUCAAACCAGCACCCUCAGAGCACCAGGUUCCAAAGACUCCAGAACCGUCUGUGCGGCGUAAUACCACACGUACCCCGCGUACACCGCUGGCGCAAGUAGUCCUGACGCCCCACACCCUCACAUCACCUGCAGUCAAAGGUAUCCUGAAGCAGCACACAGGAAACCCGAAGAAACGCCGUGUUGUGUUCGCAGGCUCAGAUGAUGCCGUGUCAUCAACGUCGUCUUCGGAUGACGAGGAGACGGUCGUCAAAAGUAAAGAUAAGGCUGGUAAAGAGAACAUAACAAAGAAUACACCUACUCGUGCGGUGGUCAAGCCAAAUGUCCGACAGUCCCCCAAACCACCCUCCUGGAAGAGCCAGCCAUCACCUUCCGCAAGACCACAGGUCAACUCCAAGCCACUGUCCCUGAAACCAGUACCCAGAGGCAAGCCGCUUACAAAGCAAAAACAGAAAAAGUUAAAAGUACAAGAAGAAGAAUCCGAAGAGUUAUCAAAAUUCAAGGAGCUGUUUCCAGACAUUGAUACUGAAGACUCUUUGUAUGAGAAAUCACCGGCAAAAUCGACGCAAGCUACUAGUGCUGCUGGAAAGAAAAAGAGCCCAUUCAAACCAACUGCACCCAAGAAGAAAAUGGGGAGCGAUCUUAACUGGUUUGAUUCAGACGCACUUUUCGGUUUUGGUAGUGAUGGUGAGGCGUUUUAAAGGCUAUUACACACAACUUUGAUACUGAAUCACAUUUUGAUUGCUGAGCAAGUAAAAUUUAAGUUUUGAUUUGAUUUAAAUUAAUUUAAGUUUUGAUUUCAAUCAAAUGCGAUAUUCAAUUUUUAAUAUUACUUAUCACGGCGUGCUCGAAACAUGCCGCAAUAAAAACAAAUAUUUUCAUA